AUGUUGACAAGUGGCAGCAAACCACUCGAAACCGAAGAUGUUCUCAAACUCUUUUCACUCUAUCUUCAAGAAUAUGGAGAAUCACUAUUAACGUCAUCGGAUCACUUUAUGAAUGUGUGUGAAAUGGUCUAUCAACAAACCAUGGCAUCCAUGACAACAGCAGCAACAUCAUCCCUACAGUCCUCCUCAUCCUCACCGACAACAACUCUUGAAAAUAACAACCAAACAUUAAAUUCUACAUUUACGACUAGUCACAUUUCAUCACAAAAAUCAAUCGUUUCCAAACCAUUUACAAUAACACUCAAAAUCUCUCCCGAAUUUCUUCGAGAAUGUGGACUAGAUCCCUUUCUGUGGUUGGACUGGGAAACAAGUUAUUCAUCACCAUCGAGACUCGGAGGUUCUUCUUCUAAAAAAUUAGAUCCUAAAAAACAAGAGGGAUUGAUUGAGAGGAGUCUCAUUGAGAGAUGGUGGGAACGAAGAAGAAAGGAAUUUAGAGAAUCUAUUGAAAAUCAAGGAAAGAUAGUUGUGAAAUCUCCCUAUGCCAUUGAUGAAAAUCCUCUUCUUACUCUCCUUAGUUCGAUUCAUUUUCAUCAUUUGCUCAACAAAUCGCGAUAUGAAUUCAUGUUUGGACGCAAUGCUUUAAAAACACCAAAUUCUAAAAUUUUGAAAAUUAAAUUUAAAAUUCUUCGCGAGCUCAAUGCAAGAAUUAAGGAAUUUCAAAGAAAGCAGAAAGAGAAGAAGGGAUUUUUCUCAUGGAUUGUGGAACAAAUUGUUGAUAAUGAAUUCAUAUCCGAGUUAACGAAUAAUGAUUUUGAAAAAUUUAUUUAUAUUUUUAGAAAUUUAAAAGUUAUUCAAUUAGAAACCAACAAAUCAAAAAAGAAGUCAUCUCAAGCAAACAACAUUGAAGAUGUUGAAGUGGAUUUAACAUUAUUUCAUAGUUUGAGGCAUUUAAUCAUUCGAGCCUGCUUUACCAGACUUGUGUAUAUUAAAGGAAAAUAUUUGGCAUCUCAAAAUGAAAUGACAUUCAAAACUCUGAAUGUCGAGGGAAUGACCAUUAUGGACUCUCAAUUUCUUAGAGUAGAAAAGAACAUUUUCCACGACUUUGCUGACACUCUUCGAGUAUUGAAUCUUCUUAACGUUGACGAGCAAUUACUAUGUGAUAUAUUUGAUGAUACACGACCGAACUCAGAUUCCAGCAAAGAGUUUACUAAUAAGGAUAUGAACUAUUUUUCUGCACUGGAGGCGUUGCACAUUUCAAAUGUAUGGUUCAAGAAUGGAGAAAUACCCAAAUUUUUCGAUGGGUCAUUCUUCCAUAACAUUUUUGUGAACAGUCUGAAAGUUUUCAUUAUGAAACACACAAAUUUGGAACUUUCAAUAUUAGACACAUUAACUCGAAGAGAAAAUAGAAACUUUGUACUCUCACAUUUGGUCAUUCUCAAUCUCUCAAACAACAACAUUCAUACAAUUAUUGGAAGAAAAGAAGGCAUAAAUGGAUAUAAUCUUCAAGUGACUGUGAAUUUACCCAAUUUGAUAGAAUUUAAUUUGGGAUUCAAUGAGCUCGAAAGUUUGGAUUCAUUGACUGGGAUAAUGACGCCAAAACUUGAAAUUAUCAAUUUAGAGAACAACAAGCUUUGUAACAAUAUUGCUGAAGGGUUAAAACUAUUAACAGCAAACACCCAAAAUCGCUUAAAAUAUAUUAAUUUGAGAAAUAAUCAAAUAAGAAAUUGGGUAGAGAUCAAACAUUUGAACUACUUUACCAAACUUUGUCAUUUACAAGUUUAUGGCAAUGAAGAAAUUUCUACAGGAACAUACUUCAAGACAAUACUUGCAUAUUUCAGAAAGAACGUUCCAGUGGAUUCUUUAUUCAUUUUAGAUGGAGAAAGUUAUUCAAAGAAAGAUAUCGAAACAGUGUUGGGAAUUUCACAAAGCUCAAGUGACAAUAGUUCGUACAAUGGAGUAUCAGAAUCGGAAGGAAGUGACGCAGAUGCAGAAGCAGAUGAUUAUAUGAAUGUUAGAAAGCUUGUGAACAAAAAAGAUAAUGCAGAACAAGCCAAGAAACGAAAACACAAGAAAUCAUCUCCUGAGAAAAAGAAAUCAAAGAAAAAGAAAGCUCCAAAGAGAGUGCUCUCCGAAUUUUCUGAAUUUAAAAAAAGUGACAUGUCUUCUGCAUUGAGCAGUGGAAGCAGUGAAAAUACAAACAGCUUGAACAUAGCGGAGAGAGGAUCUUCACACAGUCAAUCUCUAGAGACUAGUUUAUCACUAAAAAUGUUGAAAGAAGAUUUUCCUUUUCUAGAAGAGCGAUCCAACAAGGUUCUUGAACAAUUGCAACAAAUAAGAAAUGAUGGGGGAUCUAAAUGGCUUACUCUUUUAAACGAAAUGGGCUAUUUGGAUGAUCAAAGUCAACAACAAUUAUUGACACCAAAAAGAAACUCCAACGAUAUUGCCAAAACGUCACCCUACUCAAAAGACAAGGAUGAAUUGGAACAAUUCAUGAAUAAGCUCAAUAAGAAUUCAUCACAUCUAAAGGCGAUGGAUUCACUCAGUAACUUUUUAUUUGGAAAAUUACGGAAAUCAGCAUCAUCAGAGGAUCAACAGCAUUCAAAUGAAGAAUCACCUCCUGCAUUCACUCCAAGAUCUGCAGGUCAACCAAAAACUGAUUUCCUUUCUUCGUUGGAUAUGAAGAGAAUUUCAAGAUUGGGAAAUAAGCAAAUUCCAGUGUUAGAAGUUCAUCCAAUUUAUGGAAUUGCUAAUGCUCCUAAUUUUGAAAAAUUUGGUGUUGUCAACAUGCAAGGUCUCUCUUUCAUUAAAUCUCGAGGAACUCAAUACGGAAGUGAUGCAUUGGUAUCAAAGAAUUUAAAGUUAGAGCCAAGAAGUGACUUUUUAAAUGUUUCACUCAUUGUCAAUCAAUCCAUAUUUGUGGCAGGAAAAGAAAACAAUCAACAACGUGACAGUGCUCGAGGAAUGCAGAGCUCUGAAUCAGAUAGCAGUGAAAGAAAAGCAAGAUAUCAACGAAGAAAUCGCUACAUGAAUAUUCAACAGCUCAAAUUAGAAGCAGAAAAACAAGAAGAAACCCAUUCGAAUCAGGAAACUACUUCAUCACCCACAAAUGAAACGGAUUCAAUUGAAAUUACAGAUGAACAAAUUAACAAAUUCAAUUCAUCUCGAAAGAGAAAGAAGGGUGUGUUCUUGAAAGCAGAAAUUGCUGUACCAGAAGGAUCCAAUUCCCACCUUUCAUUGGAUCCAAGUCGACUGGCGCGUUUAAGUAGUGGUGGCAGCAGCAAUCAUGACUCGUCAUCCUCCUCUCAUCAUCCUAAGAAUGAUACAAGUCAUGAUAUUUCAACCACUCUGCAAGGCGUAGACGAUAAACAUCCUGUCACAACAAGCACUAAAUUAUCAACUCCUUCUAAUCGAGCAUCUAUGAGAGAAUUUAAAAGAAGAAAUACGAUUAAGCAACAACCAAGUGAAAAGAAAGAGACCAAAAAGGUACACAUUCCAAUUCCAAACUCUACUAUUGAAAAGUAUUUAAAUGACGAUGACUUGUUGGAGUCACUCCUCAAUGAAGAUGAAGAUGUGGAGACGAAGAAGAGAUCUGAAAGUAUUUUGAGAGCUCGUGGAAGAACUUUUGUGAAACCUUCCGUAGCAAGUCAUUCAACACAAGUCAGAGAUUCGACUGAAAAGCUAAUCAUCAUUGACGAAACCAAAACAACCACAGUCACCACUUCAAAUGAGGAAGAAAAGGUUUUGGAAUCUUUAAUUUCAAAUGUGGAGAAUGAAAUGGAACCAACUGAAAAUAAUAAGAACGAGACAACACUUCACACCUUACAAAAAAUUGUUCCAAAAGAAGAAUCAAAACAAAAGAAGCCACUUUCAGAAGAUGAAGACUUUGAUGAAGCACAAGAUGUAUCAAGUUUCAAAGAAAAUCAAAUUUUCAGUGCCAUGAAUUCCAUUAUUACUUCUUCAUCCCUUAAAUCAAACACCAAUCCGUCUGAAUUCAAUAGAUCUUUGGAGAAGACUGUUUCACCAUUCACACAAAAAUCCACCACUGAACCUUCGUCUGCUGACAAGAUUGGACAGAGUUCAGACUCUGAUUUUGAUACCUUUAGCAGUGACAGUGAAACAAAGUCAUCUUCUGCUGCGUUUUCAACACCAACAACACCAGUGAGUGUUUCCAACAACAAAUCACGUUCUCCAAAUAGUGUUCCAUUGAUUACCUUCCCUACUACAACUGAAAAUAGAAAAUCAAAAUCCAAGACCAUUAUUAAUAUAUUUGGAAAAAAAGGGGUGGAUGCAAAACAAAAUGAUCACCAUUCACUUCGAAUUGAUUUACCUAUGAAAGGUUUGCUUGAAGAACCUUCUGAACUAUCUACGAGUGUGACAGAUGGCAUUACCGAAUUUGGUCCAAUCACCACUUCAACUACUUUUGCUUCCCUUAAACAACAAGAGACUACCACCACCGAAAAAACCGAUUCUUCAUUCCAUGACAAUAAUCAUCGAGAAAUUGAUAGCCAUUCGAAUCAUGAAUCUAACAUUAUUUCACAACAGAAAGAAAUCUCAUCUGAUUUUGAAACUUCGAGUGACUCUGAUUUAGGAGAAGAUCCAUUUAAGAAGGACAAAAGUACUACUGUCACUGAGGCUUUAUCAUUUUCAGCAGCAAAAGAGGUUGUCACUUCUCAUAAAGAACAAGAUUCUCAAAAUUUAGAGAACUCUCCGAGAAAUAAGAAUGACAAUGAUGCAGAGACAACAUUACCAGUGAAUACUCAUGAGUCUGUGAUUACCACCAAUGAUGAUGAGCUUUCUCCCAAACCUGUCAUGAUGACUACCGAACAAGAUUCUCUCAAUAAUAAUAGUGAAACUCCCAAAUCACAUUCACCGACCACUGCCAUCUCAUCCUUGUCAUCCUCUAAAAAAGUCAUUCCAAAGAAAGUCAUUAGAAACAAAAAUAGGAUUCAUUCUCCACCUGUUGUGACUGUUCGAGAGGAUUUAGAUCGAUCCGUUCAAAGUAGUACUAGUAAUAAUAGUAGUACUGUUGAUGAUGGAGCUUCAAGUCCUUUAUCCACUGCAUCACCACCAAAAUUUGUCAUUUCUUCUUCUUCGUUCAAUAGAGAUCGAAGAAAAACUGUGAAUUUUAAGGAUCCAGCUGUUGUUGAAAAACAAGUGAAAUUUGAAAUUCCAAAAGUUGUUGAAAAUUCUAAAAUUCCAAGUGGUGCUCUUGUUGAUCGUGAUCAUUUCAAAGAUACAGUCACCACCACCACUACUACUUCUACUACCAACAGCAACAACCUUCCUUCAACACAACAAGAGACCUACGAUGACGAUGAUGUUCCCUAUGAAGACGAAGUUGUGAAUCAUUUAGAGAAUGAUACCUUUGUUCCAUCCUCUUCUUCUAAACUAUCCAACACCUUCUUGAUCCAUUCUGAAGAAGCUUCUUCUAUUCACUCUCCCUCUUCGAACCUUCAGAAUGUCAUUAAUCAUUAUUCACAAGACAGUGAAGAUGAAGAUGCCAUUAUCAAGUCUCUCUUAAAAGAAAGAGAGGAACUGUCUCCCACAAAAGAACAAAUCACCUCUCAAAUCCCUAAAGAGGAAGUGGAUGAUGACGACUACUUGGACAAGUUAUUGACUUCCUACACCAAACAACGCAAAGUGACAAUGUCCAACAACAAGAACACUUUAAAGAAAAUGCCGAUUCAAAGUCUCGAUCGUUCAAGAAGAAGGAAUUCACAACAACGAGUGGUCACCUCAGUUGAGGAUUUAUUGAAUGAAGAUGAGCAGUGA